AUGAUGUUUGAAUGCGCAAGUUGUUACGAUCGGUUCUACGACCAAGAAGACUGCGAUGACCACAUGGACAAUUAUGCCCAUUGGGCCGAAUGCGAGACCUGUGAUCGUCAAUUCCGCUCACAGAGAGCUGCGGACCAGCACAUGAACGCCCUCAACCACUGGCCUCGAUACGAAUGCGAAACAUGUACAAGAGAGUUCGAUUCGGACGCCGCUCGAGACCAGCACAUGCGGGCCCAGAAGCAUUUCGAGCGAUACUGUCCUGAUUGUGAUCGAUACUUCACGAAUGCCAAUUGCCUGCGCAUGCAUCUGAAUUCCAAGAUUCACCGCGGCACGACAGUCCUUUGUCCCUUUUGCAGGUCUGCAUUCGGCACUGCAAGUGGUGCAUGUACUCACCUCGAGUCGGGCGCGUGCCCCCGAGCUCCGAGCCUAAACCGCGAAACCAUCUUCAAGAUUGUCCGAGAGAAUGAUCGCAACGGCAUGAUCACCAACAAACUAAUCGGCUGGAAAGAAGAUGAAGAGCGUGACAAGUGGGAAGUCAAUCCGAAUGCUUACAACGGCAAUAGGUGGGAGUGUUACUACUGCCACCGGGAGUUCAACACUGCGUCGUCACUGAAGUCACAUCUCAAUUCGCCUGUUCAUAAGCAGAAGGUUUACCACUGUCCCAACAAGCGGGGAAGCUGUGACAAGCAGUUUAUCACUUUGGCUGCCUUGUUCUCGCAUCUUGAAAGUGAAUCGUGUGGAUUGACGCGAUUUGAGAACGUUCAGAAAGGGUACCAGGGCAUCGUCACCGGACGAGGUGUCAUCACCUUCUAA